AUGCAUCGACGACUACAAAUCGUCCACGCACGUGUCGGCAACAGUGAUUGGUGGACGUGGGCGGUUGGCAUGGCGAAAGAAGGAAAGGGAAAGCUUUGUCUCCCUAAAUGCCGCAGUCUCUAUCAGUCUAUUGACGACCCAAUUUCCCAGAAGACAUCCCAACGCUCCUCCCCAGAGUACCACAUCAUCACAAUCUCACGGCAGGGAUUAGGCCACCUUCUGAAACCCCAGUCGUAUAAAUCGACGGCUAUAAAUCCAUCACAACUCACCCACACGUUACAACCAAUCAAAUCUCAACAACACUACACACACACACGAGGGGUGAAAGGUCGCCGUUUCAGCACUGUGGAGUUGCUCAGGAAACGUCAGGUCUCUCUCUGGCAACGUGUCACCGACAACUGUACGUCUUCUUCUGCAUGA